CGCGUGUGCGUGUAUUGUGGCGCGUGCGCGUUUGUCGGGUAGCUUACUGACAGGGGUUCGUUUUCGCCCCUUGUUCCCUUUUCGUUCGACAUAGUAACCCUCGCGUUUUGUUCAAGCAUACCGACCCUGAAAUCUCGCAGUUUUUCGAAUACGCGAAAAAUCUUCGCGAAGAUUUCCGACAAAGUUGUCGCGCUGCGGAUCCCGUGUUUCGUUUCCGCAGUGCAAACCAGCGAAAAUUAUUGAUUUCCCUUCAUAAGCGGAGGGUGUUCGACAAUUUGCUGAACGCUAUUCGGAGCACACCUGCUGCGAAGGUAAACGGCGACGUGUUUCACCUACUUUCGUCAUCACUGCAACUCUCGAUCAAGGCUGUGUCAUACAAGAAUUGUCAAGAGGUGGCAAGAUCGAAUUGUCUGAUAGAUUGUUAAUUAAUUAGUAAACUUAUCGGAAUAUUUACAAAAAUAAUAUAUAAUCUGCGUUAAUUUUCAAAAGCAAAGAUGAAGAUCGGAUUAUUGAAAAACUUUUUGCACUACUUCAACUUAAGGCAGGGAACAAUAUUAAUUGCCAUAUUUCAAUUGUUUUCGUCGGGAUUCAGUAUGAUAUUUUUCAUUCUGGCGCUAGCACAUGCAAUGGGGAUUAAAGAAAUGGUGGUAAGAGAUACCGAAGAUGCUCUCGAAAGAGAGGCUUUGGAGGAAAUAUCGUCGAAUCAUCUCAACACCAAAAAAAUGGAUCUGGCACAUCAUAACGCAAUUGAAAUGGUAUAUGCAAUGUAUUGUGGCCUUGUCAUAACUGUUAUUCACUUCAUCUCCACCAUGUUACUUCUCUAUGGAGCUUUGACGAAUAAUCCUCCUUUUAUGGCGCCUUGGAUGAUGGUCAAAAUCACUAUCAUAUCGGCUCUAACAAUCUCACUAUUUCUGGUAGAGGAGGACUGUCCUUUCCUCGCCACUUUAGGCGGGAGAGCGGGCAUUUGCGAACGUCUUAUCGCCUUUUUCCUAAUAAUUAUGAGCUUUUACGUUUGGUUCGUCGUGUACAGUACUUAUAAAAGUCUCGAGACAAAACAAGGACUCACACACGAAGUGCACAGUAUGAAAAAAAAGUACGCGGUUCCUGUAACACUGGAGGUACCAAAAGCAAUCCAGGUUUCGGCGAACAAACCCUACGAGCUUUAAAAAUAUUAUGAGGAUAGAGCAAUAAAGAAUUCGUUGGACGAGAAAAACUAUGACUUCAUAAAGACGCGAAAUUUAAUCGCGAAUAGUUCUCCAUGGCAUGCAUUUUCAAGAGAAAAUCAUAUGCUUUGAAAGAAAUCGUGAAAUUGGGACAGCAAUUUAGAGAUGAUUGCAGAAUCGCAAAAGAAAAGUGCAUUAUGUUGUAAAUGAAAAAUUAAUUAACAGCGCGGAUACAGAAAGUUUCGUAAUAAAAUGUAUAUUCGAUGUAGGACUUGAAGAUAAUUGAAAAAAUAUUACUGUACAAAACUCGAUAAUUUCUGCAAAGGACAUGCUUCUUAUAUUUAAAUGUUUCUUCUUGUUCUUGCCUUGUUAAAGUUACGCGCUUCUUUACAUUUGUGUGUUAAGACGGUUCUUUAUCCGACGCACACACACACAGAUGAUAGUGUCGUUAUACUUAAAUCAUUUAAUCGAAAAACUGCAUAUCCACUAUACGCACAUGUAUGACACAUGUAAGUUCUGAAUUUUCACCCGUCAGGAUUCUGAUAGAUAAAAUAAUCGCGACUUCAAGAUUAAUCUCACUGCUAUACGCACUUCUGCGCACUUCUUUUCGCGCGCAAGACUGAAUUUAAUUUUUUAACAUAAUGCGAAAUAUUCUCAAAGAUUUUCGCAAUAGUUCUUGACAAUGUGAAAAAAACUUUACAAAUUAUAGAUUAAUUUACUAAAGAAAUAACGGUAGGACUCCGCGAGUCAUGGCAUAUAUAUAUAUAUAUAUAUAAUUAGUUUUAUUUCAUAUUUGAACCCAACUUCUUUGUGAAAUUACAACUUUGUUAUUUGCGGCAAUAUCCGUAUGAUACAAAGAUUGUAGGGUCACUUCUUGUGUAUAUGUAUAUUAAAUGUGUAUGGAAAAACGUAAAAAUAAAAAUUACAAUACAUUCC